AUGCUGAGCGCCCCAGCCCGGCGGCAGCUGACAGCGACCAAACCCCCCUCCCCGUGCGAGCGGACAGCACCUGAUGAAACCCUUUUUCAGUUCACCCGCGGCCGAUUCCUCACCGACGAGGCCAGUGAAUUAGGCCAGAGACACAUCCGUUAUGACGUGAAUGAGCUCGCCUGCCUAGCUAUUCGGGCGGCCGAGGUUGCCAGCGAUGAUGGGCCGCGGACGUGUAUCGGCAUUGAAAAAAUGGCCGACGGGAUGCACAACAAGGCUAUACGCUUCACCAUGGACAAUGGGUUUCAGGCAGUGGGCAAAGUUCCGAACCCGAAUGCUGGGCUUCCGCACCUCACCACUGCCUCGGAGGUCGCGACGGUGGACUUCAUGAGGAACGUCCUCGGUACGCCGGUGCCCAAAGUUCUGGCGUGGAGUUCUUCGACUGACAAUCCGGUGGCGGCGGAGUACAUCCUCAUGGAGUAUGCAUGCGGCGUACCGCUGAGUAGCCUGUGGGAUCAACUUGGCGUGUCGGUUAAAUUUAAGGUGUUGGAAAGGGUUGCCGCCUACCAGCAGAUCUGGUCCCAGGUUCGCUUUGCGCAGUAUGGGAGCCUGUACUACCGAAGUGACCUCGAUAGGUCAGUUCCCAGUCUCCAGUACACGGAUAAAGAUGGGAACCGCGCCGUCGAUGAGAGGUUCGCUGUUGGGCCUUCGGUGAGUCGGCAGAAUGUCGAUGAUGGCAGGGCAGCGUUGGGAUUUGACCGCGGCCCCUGGGAUACCGUAGACGAUUAUGAACGGGCCAUCGGAGAGCGCGAAGCUUAUUGUAUUAGACGCAUGGAGCAACUGCCACGAUCACCCAUUGCGAUUCACUACUCGGGGACGUACCAGCCGUCGCGCGAGACAAAGCUUUUCGCGAUCGAGAGCUACCUCAAACUGGUGGAGUACUUACUACCCGAGGACGAGGGGAUAUCAGCGUCCUGCAUCUGGCAUGACGACUUGCAUGUCGAGAAUGUCUUUGUCAAUCCAGAGGAUCCGUCAGAGAUAUGUGCCUUCGUUGAUUGGCAAUCUACAGAACUCGCCCCGCUCUACCAUCACACCAUCGAACCGUAUAUCCUAGACUACAAUGGCCCACCACUCGACGGCCUCCUCGACCGACCGAAGCUCGCCGACGUCAAAGCGCUGUUCCAGGACGAAUACGACCAAGUAGUCGCAGCCCGCAAAGCGGAGGCCUUAUUUACUAGCAUGUCUCUGCUCGCCCUUUACAGAUACCUCCUGCACAAAACGAUGCCCCGGUCGUUCAAGGCGGUCGAGUUCCGGCAGACAGACUGCUUCGACCUCCUUCUGUUGGCACGGAACUUUCUGGUCGACGGCGAGGCGACCUACCUCGGGCUCCUCGCCAAGCAGCAAGAGGAGAAUUGGGCUGGUGUGUCGAGGAUAUCGGGGACUGGCGGAACCAAGGCACCGCUUACGUUCUCGAACGAUGUUCUCCGGAAGAUCCGAUCCGAUAGCGCAGGCGCUUCGGCAGCAAUGGCGCUGAUGGGAGACGUGCAGCGCAUGAUCGGCAGCCAGUAUUUCCAGGCCCGGGGCUUGGUGAGCCAUGCGCAAUUCGCGGAGCUCGACCGCAUUCUCCCCAAGGCGAGAGACGACUUUGUGCGGGCGCAUGCGCGCAACGAUAAAAAAGAGCUGGAGCUCUCCCGCGCGUGGCCGUUCGAUUUACCGGAUCGUGGGGCGCAAAGAACCGUAAUAGCUCGACCCACCAGAGCCCAUGAGUGA